CAGGUUUCAGGAUGGACAGCGACCAACUUCAUAGAGUCCAUGUCCCUCGAAACUACUUGAUAGGCAAUUUGAAACCACGUAUAGCUUCCGGACAAUGUUUCGAAAUUCCUACGCGCUCGACGUGUCUUGAUGCUUCAUCACGCUCUAUCUGAAGGUUAUGGGUUGACACGCCAGAUGACACGGCGGUUUCCGGAUCUCACUAGCGUCCGUACGCUGGUCAGGCAUUCUCGUAUCGAAGGCCUAAGACGUCUGAUGACAAGAUGGUUCCGCGCGGACAAAGAAGUCUAUGUUGUACACCAGAGCGUCCUUAUCUAUCAUGUCCUAUCGGCGAUGGUGUCUGGACGAUUUUAUUGUACUUGGCUAGGGCUCUUGCCAGAUGGUGCUCGAGUGCAUGUAGUCCAUGAAGGGAAGAUGCUAUGGCCACUAGGCGUCGGUCGGUCACUCAAUUUAUCAACUGUGUCAUCCCGGAUUUUUGUGGUUGGUCGGUUCCACAAGUCAUCGGUCAUGGUCGAAAAUUCCGCAGAAACUUCAGCUCGACUGUCAAGCCACAAACGUAGCCUAUCUAAUACAUCUGAAGAUGAUUCGGGUCGUGCUUCAAAGAAGACUGCACCUAUAUUUCAAAACAUGAAGGCCGGUCUAAAAUUGAAAUGGUUGGAGCCCAUUGAGGAUACUUGUUUGCACGGCAUGUGCGGUGAUCCGAGUCCGAGCUCAAAGAUCGCGGCUUUUGAUAUCGAUGGAACGUUGAUUAGAGUCAAAUCUGGCAAGAAAUUUCCGGCCAAUGCAGAUGAUUGGAAGCUGUGGGCGGGCAAUGUGCCCAAGAAACUUCAGGAAGCUCACGCGAAUGGAUUUGCGAUCGUCUUGCUGAGUAACCAGAACUUUAAAGCGCCCAAAUACCGCAAGGACUUCGAAUCGAAAUUGAUCCAACUUGCUAGAACGCUUAGCGUCCCCUUGCGGGUCUUUGCUGCUCGUGAAAAAGACAAGUUUCGAAAGCCACUCACUGGGAUGUGGGAUGAGUUCGUGGCAAAUUGGAAUGGGGGGGUCAAGCCGAACCUCAGUGAUUCAUUUUUUGUUGGCGAUGCUGCUGGCCGUCCAGCGACAGACUCAUCCCCAAAAGACUGGAACGAUACCGACCGUAAAUUGGCAUUGAACGUCGGUGUUCCAUUCUUCACACCCGAAGAAUGGUUUGGUGGGGAACCAAAGCGAACAGACUUCGUUCUCAGCGGAUUUGACCCGCUGAAGUUUGACCAUGAUCAACCGAUAUGGCAUCCAUCUACCACUCCACUGGCGUUAGGACCCCUUUUAGAAAGUGGUGUUACACCGAAGCACUCACCUUGUGAAAUAGUUCUGUUUGUUGGCCCACCUGGCGUUGGUAAAACUACUUGCUUUGAGAAUUAUUUCAUGCCUCGCGGAUAUCGACAUGUGAAUCAAGACACUCUCAAGAGUUUUGGUGACUGCCUCAAAGCGACUAUUGAAUCAAUUAGUUCUGGUCGAUCGUGUGUUGUUGACAACACUAAUCCAAGCAAGCAAACUCGCUCAAGCUACAUCUUGACUGCCCAAAAGCAACGCUGUCCGAUCCGAUGUGUAUUCUUCACCGCACCAAUCGAAUUAGCCCAGCAUAACAACGUCUAUCGCGCCAGUAUCAAAGCGUCUAGACCGCUAUUGCCCACCCUGGCUUUCGCGAGUUAUGCCAAGAACCUCGAAGAGCCUUCGGUCGACGAAGGCUUUGAUGAACUCAAAAAAGUUCAUUUCGUGUUCGAAGGCUCGGCGGAGGAACGUGCAUCUUGGGAUAAGUACUUACUAUGAUCUACUAUAUUCAGUCGCCCGAAACAGAUUUCGCCUGCAAGUCGGCGAAAGGUUUUUUUCUUUUCUUUGAUUAUUCCAAAAUCAGAACCCCCAGCCUUUUUUUUUUCUUCUCUACUUUUUCGUUAUUG